GGCUUAUAAGAAAUGGACUUCUUGAAAACUGAAAGCAACAUGUUCUUAUAUCACUUAAAUCCAUAAAAUUACAUCAAGAACACACAAACGAAACGUGAGACCUUCUCCCGGGCUUCAUCUACACUGAACUAAGUUCUGACAUCCGGGAUAUUCUGAAGUAUUGACUCAGCAAGUUUUGUUUUUGUCGAAUGGCGUCCUUAUACAUUACAACUUUACUUCUGGGGGUUAUCGGAAGCCGGGCCGUCGAUCGUUGUGUUGAUAUCUACGACUACUACCGCAUGUUUGGACUAGAUGUGAAUUUUAAAAAGGAUCUGUGUAUUGACAUUGUGUUUGCGUUAGACAGGUCUUGUAGCAUUCCCGAAGAAGACCUCCACAAUGAAUAUCGCAUCAUUGAGGAGACCAUAAAUGGUAUAGCAGGCUUUGGACGAAAUAAGACGAGGAUCGGUCUCGUAACAUUUGAUAUAAAUGCCAGAGUUGUAUUUGGUUUCAACGAUGAAGCAACAUCAACCAGGGAAGGUUUACUUGCCAAACUUCGAGAACUGAAAAGAGAAGGAACUGCACCUGAUAGGUGUAAGACAUUCACUUGGGAAGCUCUGAAAUUGGCCAGGGAGGAUCCAAGGCUCUUCGGAGGUGUAGAUAAAAACAGCGAUCGGGAGAAGAUCAUAAUGCUUGUGACAGACGGUGUUCCAUUUGAAACUGAGAAGAAUAGAGAAGAAAUGGCGGAUGAGACAAUUGCAGAGGGAGCUUUAAAUGACGCAGCUGGUAUCAAAACCAUGAUAUUCACUUUAAAAAACAAGCAAGGAAAUUUACCCCCAAAAAAUAUUUUUGAAACCCUUGUAUACUCCAUGCGGUGGAUGUUCCAAGUGGAAGACGCAUUAGUCCAGGAAUUUGAAGUCCGUGUUUUUCCUCUACUUGCCAGAUUUACUUGUGAUUAUAUAUGUAACGAACCCGUUGACUUGAUUUACGUCAUGGAUCGCAGUGUUAGCAUCGAGAUUAAGAAUAUUCAGAAAGUGAAAGACUUCUACAAAAAGUUGACUGUAGCAUUUGAUUGUGGUAACAUAAGAAAUAGAACGCACCCGAAAACGUCAGUCUCAAUGAUAAGCUACAAUCGAAACGUCUACCACCAUUUGGACGCAACAGACUGCCCUGAUGGAGAUUGUAUAUUAGAUAAGAUAGACGCAAUUCCAAGCACACAUGAGUACUUCACGGUCACUAACCUUGCGCUAGAGGAAGUCAAAACAAUCGUGAACCAAUUCACAAGGCAUGGUGGAUCCCGGGGAAUCAGACCAGUAGUAAUUCUUGCAACUGACGGCAAUACUUGGAAAGUCGAUGCUACCAGUAGAGCUCCUCCCAGUCUUUCGAUUGGUGUUGCCGAUGAACUACGAGCGAGAGGUAUAGACACAGUUGUUGUGAGUGUGCCCAACCACAGAGACAAACCUGGUUUGAAAGAACUGGAGGGUAUUGCCAGUCAUUUCUUGUUUGACCUGCAGUCCGAGCUGAACCUAACGAGUUUUGAUGAUCUUAACCCAAUUGCUCCAAUACUUGUUAAGCUCCUCUGUGAAAAGUACAAACCACCGUUACUUGUAAACUGAGUAUCAAUAAAUAAAACGAAG